GCCUUUGCGUACGGCGAAUGUAAAGACAGAUUUACUACCGUAAGGAGCGCUUCUGGAGAAGCACAUGGUCUCCGUUCUCGAAAGACAACACUUUGCUAGUCUGUAAAUUCCUUUUUGGAGGAACCCCCUUAACUGUUGUCGUUGGAAGAAGAAUAAACGACCACGACCACCUUAUUUUAAUGUAGUACGUGGCACGUUUACAGGUCAAAAUUGUCGGGCUUCACUCCAAAGUGCUUGAUGCGCUUUUAACAUCGUUGGAUGUAAAGUCUAUUACAAGGGAGUCGGAGGUUGCUGGAGUGGAGUGGAGUGGGUGAGGACUGAGAAGGAUUUCCUAACGGUCUCUCUUUCCUCAUACUUGAUCAUAUUUCAUGAAGUCAUUUGGGUGUUACACAUCAGCUGUUCCACUGUAACUUGGCUAUAUUAUGGUCGUGCUGCCGUGAGACAGUUGGAUAGUCUCGACCCGUUCAUCCGCUGCCGUUCACCAGCAUCAUGACCUACCGGCGGACCUACCGGCGGACCUACGGGAGUCAGACUUACGGAAGUCAGAAGUUUACAGUGUUUUUAAUAGCACUUCACGUUUUGUCAAUUACAACAUGCUUCGGUGAAGAUGUGCGCUCCUCCAACAAGACCACUGAAGGGAAGCCUUUUACUGCAACCAAUCAGCAGAGGGCUACUGCCAAGCUGAAGCACUACGGGACAACUGUACCUCUCCUAUUGGUCGGAGAAGAAUGGAGACCAGUCACUCUGCUCCAAUCACAGGGCCAUCCUGCAUCUCUGAAGGUACUGAUAGAAACAGAGGAGGAACAGCUGCUCCUAACUCUGGAGAAAAACCAUGGUCUGUUUGCCAGUCACUACACGGAAACACACUACCUGGAAGACGGCAGCGCGGUCACCGGCUCUCACAACCUCACGGUGAACUGCUAUUACCACGGGAAGGUGCAGGGACAUAUCUAUUCUGACGUCAGCCUCAGUACCUGCUCAGGUCUCAGUGGCUUCAUCUCACUUGAAAACAGAUCCUAUGUGUUGGAGCCGUCACCGGAUCCCUCCAGUGGGUCCCACAGGAUCUACCGGUCAGAACAGCUGAACCUCACACCUGGCUCGUGUGGCCACGGCUUCAACAUAUCGCUGGUUCACGGAGUCACCCAGAACACCCACAACCAAUCAGACAGCCCCUUCGGAGCCUUCAGCACCAGGCAAAGGAGACAUGCCCAGAGCACCACCAAGUAUGUGGAGCUGAUCAUCGUAGCAGACAACAGAGAGUUCCAGAAACAAGGGAAGGAUGUGGAGAAGGUCAAACAGAGGCUGGCUGAGAUCGCCAAUUACGUGGACAAGUUUUACCGUGCCCUGAACAUCCGUGUAGCUCUGGUGGGGUUGGAGGUGUGGAGCGACCAGGAUAGGUGUCCCAUCACCCAGGAUCCCUUCACCACCCUGCAUGAGUUCCUAGACUGGAGGAAACUCAAACUGCUGCCCAACAGGCCCCACGAUAAUGCACAGCUAGUCAGCGGGGUGUUCUUCCAGGGUACCACCAUUGGCAUGGCACCCAUCAUGAGCAUGUGUACAGCAGAGCAGUCUGGGGGCAUCGUCAUGGAUCAUUCGGACAACCCCCUGGGAGCAGCGGUUACUCUGGCCCACGAACUUGGACACAACUUUGGAAUGAACCAUGACACCCCAGAGCGGGGGUGUGGCUGCAGGGUGACGGUGGACCGAGGAGGCUGCAUCAUGACCCCCUCUACAGGGUACCCGUUCCCUACAGUCUUCAGCUCCUGUAGUAUAAAGGACCUGUCUGCCAGUCUGGAGAAGGGAGUGGGGAUGUGUCUGUUCAACAUGCCUGAGGUCAAGGUGCUCUACGGGGGACAGAAGUGUGGCAACGGAUACGUGGAGGAAGGAGAGGAGUGUGACUGUGGAGAACUGGAGGAGUGUAUGAACCCAUGCUGUAACUCUACAACCUGUACUCUGAAGGGGGAAGCUGUGUGUGCUCAUGGACAGUGCUGUCAUGACUGCCUGUUGAAACCAGCUGGCACCCCGUGCAGGGAUUCGAGUAACUCAUGUGACCUGCCAGAGUUCUGUACCGGCGCCAACCCCCAUUGCCCUGCUAAUGUGUACCUGCAUGACGGGCACGCCUGCCACAACGUGGACGGACACUGUUACAACGGGAUCUGCCAGACCCACGAGCAGCAGUGCAUCACUCUCUGGGGCCAGGGAGCCAAGCCCGCCCCAGGGAUCUGCUUUGAGAGAGUCAACUCGGCGGGAGAUCCCUAUGGGAACUGUGGGAAGGACUCCAAGGGAUCCUUUGCCAAGUGUGAAGCUCUAGAUGCUAAGUGUGGCAAAAUACAGUGUCAAGGAGGAGCCAACCGGCCAAUAAUAGGCACCAAUGCUGUCUCCAUAGAAACCAACAUCCCCCUCCAAGAGGGGGGCCGAAUCCUGUGCCGGGGGACCCAUGUCUACCUGGGGGAUGACAUGCCCGACCCCGGCCUCGUCAUGUCGGGCACCAAGUGUGGCGACGCCAUGAUGUGUCUGAACCGUCAAUGUCAGAACAUCAGUGUCUUUGGAGUGCAGGAGUGCUCAGAGAAAUGCAGCGGUCGAGGGGUGUGUAAUAACAACAAGAACUGCCACUGCGAGGCCCACUGGGCUCCUCCCUUCUGUGACAAGGCAGGCUUUGGGGGAAGUUUGGACAGUGGACCGAUGAGGCUAGCAGACUACGGUGGUGUGGCGGUGGGGGUCCUGUUGACUCUAAUAACCUUCCUGGGAGCUGGCCUCAUCGUCUCCAUCAAGAGAAAAACCCUACUGAGACUACUCUUCACCAACAAGAAGAACCCUAUGGACAAGCUGAGGUCAACGGAGCCUAACAGAUCAUCCAGUCCUAGCCGUAGAGAUUCCCCACCUGGCCAGCCUCAAGCCCAGACACCGCCACAGAGACAGAAUCACAGCAGCAGCAUCUUCAAGCCUCCUCCCCAAAAUCAACACCCCCCUGGACAGCCCUACCCCUCCCACAGCCUGCUCCGACUACCCCAGUGCUCCCCUGUUCACCUGAGUCACCCCGUCCCCCUUUCCCUGUCCCCUACGUCCGUCCCUGGACCAGGAAAGCCCAGACCACCUACUCCCCCUCCUCACCGAGCCCUGUCUCCCCAUGGCCAAGGACAUGCCCACAGCCACAGCCAGGCUCCGCCAAGAGGGGCAUCGUUUCACAGUGUGCCACAGCAUCAUAACUCCUGCAGGAUGGUCUUGGAGUUGGAGAAGCCUAGUCCACCCCAGAAGCCCCUACCUGCCGACCCCCUGGGCAGGAAUACCCAGAAGCCUUUGACUGCAGACCCCCUGGGCAGGAAUACCCAGAAGCCUUUACCUACCUACCCCCUGGGCAGGAAUACCCAGAAGCCUUUGCCUGCUAACCCUAACUCCCCCGGAAGGAGUGGUCAUCUGAUUCGUAGCCCCAUUGCUGUCGGAGUCCCCAUCCCUGUACCUGUCCCCGGUGUCCCCAGGCCGCUGAGACCUGUUCCACACCACAACAGAUCUGUACCUAAGCAACCCCCAACACUACCUAAGCCUCGUGUGAUCGUUCACGCCAAGUUCAGCAGCUGAGAGCAGCUGGACUAAACUGAAGGGAAUUAAAGGACGUUCUUUCUGUAAGAUGAUAAAGACAUUUCACUUGCACUAUGAAACCUUAAGAUGUGGUGUCUCUGAGUUUUGAAUAAUGGGGACGGACCGUUGGGCGGUUGGCGUGUCAGCGAGUCAGUCCCCUCCGUUGGUGCUCUGAUGUCAAAGAGGUGCUAUAGGUCUGAGCUCAGGUACAUGUAUGUAAAGUAUUUAUGUUUUGUGUAUUUAUUAAUUAGUUACCACACAGCGCACUGUGCCAGACACUUGGGAUUUAAUUUGUAGUCUUUGUUUAUUUUAUUUUGUUCUACUCUUAGCCAUUUGAUUUCAAUCAUGGGGAUAUUUUAACCUGUUUUGAUGGACAGGGAGCAAGGGGAAAGGUCCAACUUAACAAAGCCUGUCUCUGGAGAUCUGGGAAGUUGUAAAGACCAACAUGGCGUUCAAUGAACUGGAUUCAGAACAAAAGGAAAGACAUCUACAAACAUCAGAUAGGGCGACUUUCUUCUGCACUUGGGUUGACGGACUUGGGUUGCGUAUGACACCACCUGUUGUAAGACAACGGCAUCACUGGUAAAUCCUGCCGCAGGUCUUCCUCCAUACAGUAUACAGCCAGCUGUUUCUCCCUCUGUGACCGUACUAUGUAUGCACUGAUGCUGAGAGACUGAGCCCUGAGGAACACCAAUAACAACCUUACACCAACCUUACAACAACCAUACACCAACCUAACACCAACCUUACACCAACCUUACAACAAACAUACACCAAUCUAACACCAACCUUACACCAGCUGUACACCAAUCUUUGACCAACUAUACACCAACCUUGCAUCAACCAUACACCAAUCUUUCAACAACUACAGUGCCUUACAAAAGUAUUCAUCCCCCUUGGCAUUUCUCCUAUUUUGUUGCAUUACAACCUGUAAUUUAAAUAGAUUUUUAUUUGGAUUUCAUGUAAUGGACAUCCACAAAAUAGUCCAAAUUGGUGAAGUGAAAUGAAAAAAAAUAACUUGUUUCCAAAUAUUCUAAAAAAUAAAAAACUGAAAGUGGUGUGUGCAUAUGUAUUCACCUCCUUUGCUAUGAAACCCCUAAAUAAGAUCUGGUGCAACCAA